AUGGAAGUAGACGGUGAUAGAAUCACUGAUGAUGAAAAGAUGGAUGAGGAUUAUCCUGUAGGAGAAGGUGAUGGUGUAGUAAUUGACUCAGAUGGAGACGAAGUUAUGGAUGGAGAUGAAUUACAAGAUGAUGAAGAAUAUGAGGUAGCAAUGGAAGAAGAAGGACUUGAAUCGACUAAUGAUCCAGUCAAUGUAGAAGAUGAACAACCAGAACCGGUCGAAAUUGAACCUGCACCAAUAAUUGAAGCUCCUCCUGUACCGUUCACAUCAACAUCAACUGAUUCUUCUCCUAUCGUAUCUCCGUUCCCUGAAACUGCAUCAGCGACAUCACGUACAGUCUUACCAAGACCACUUGAAAGUCCACCUGCUCCUGAGACUGAAAUGCAACCUGCUAUACCUGAAUCAUCAACAAUCAACGAAAAGACAGAGGAAGGUAAUGACGCAAGUAUCACAAAUACACCUCCUUUCAAUGCAACUUCAAGCGUCUCACAGCCAGAGAAAGAAAGCAAGUCAGUUUCUUCUGAACACACACCAGAGCUGGUGGCAACAACUGAGGAAGCUUUGAACGUUAUACAAUCUACUCCCCAAGCAGAAUCAAGGACAAACGAAGAAAUGCCUGUUCAAUCAAUACCAUCCGUACCAGUACCACAGUCAUCCACUCUCCAGGUGGGCGAAUCAUCAACAAGAGGGAAAUCUCGGGAACCUACACCUGGGAAAGUAGGCGAAGAGGAAUAUUACGAUGAUAGCGAGAUCGUUGAGGAAGAGGAUGAAGAGGAAUAUACAAUUGAUGCUAACUCAUUACCGCCAAUCAUCAUUCACUUACCGGGAGAUCAAGCUAGAUACCUCUUUUCACCCUAUGAUUCUGACCCCGAUACCUUAUCCGUAUGGCUAAGUGCGCGUCAAGCUGAAUUGGCAGAAGCUAGCUUGUCAGAUGUUUGGAGCGCUAUAAGGGCUGAAUGUGUCAAGGAGGGUCUGGCUAAAAACGGCGCUUUGGUCAUUUCUGAGAAACAAAUGGACUUGAACAUGAAUGAGGAUGACAUCAAUUUACAGUCAAUAACAUUCCUUGAACUUAUCCUACUUCAUCAUGGGUGUGGUCUACCCGAACCUGUUCAACUUUACUUGUCAUGGGAAGAGUCGAGAUUUAUCACUCGAUUUAACGCUAUUCAGGUUGAAUUAGAAGCUGCCAAAGAGAGAAGCGAAAGUGUCGAGAUCCAAGAAAAGGAGAAUGAAGUGCCACAGGAUGAGAACAAAGUCUUACAAUCACCUCGGGCUGGUGAACCGGCAAUUGACGACAAAGAUGAAGAUGAGUAUGUGGAGGAGUAUGACGAAGACGAAUACAUUGAUGAAGAGGAAGCUAGAUCGAAAGCAGGAGAAUACAGCGCAGACGAAGGGGAAGUUGACGAGAGAAUGGUGGAACAGAAUGGAGAUAGGAAAAGAAGGAGAGAAGAUCGUGAUGUAAAAGCUCAAUAUGCAGCUUCCGAUGACGACGAGAUGAAUACUCGGGAUCUACAACGAGCCCAUCCUAAUUGGGCUGCUGUUAUAGAGAAACCUACUGACGCUUUGCAUUACGAGGGACCUUCAGGCAAGAGACAUUUCAAAUUCACAUCCCGUGAACAGCAGAAAGAUGACGAUGAUUAUAAUCAUGAGCUUCCAAAGGAAGAGGAAGAGGAGAAAGGGGUAAAUGAACACAAUGGUGAGGAUGACGAAGAUGACGCGGAGCAAGAAGGGUAUGAGGAAGAAGAAAGGGAAGCCGAGGGAGAAAAUGAACAGGGUGGCGACUGGAAUGAUGGUACCGAUACAGUUGACGCAGACUCCCAUCAGCCAAGUGAAGACACUAAAUCGACCGACGCAAUGACUGGAGCUGAUACGCCUUAUCCCAUCAAACUAUCCCGAGAGCAGAUCGGUACGUUGAAAGCUGCGGAAAGGCAAGUCAAUGAUUCGAAAGUGGAUACGCUCGAUCAACUUCGACAUGAGGGCUUGGGCGAGACGAGAGCCGCUCAGCCAACGGACGCAUCCGCUCUUCCUACUCCUUAUAUAUCGGAACCUCCAAGUCAUCUCGAUGUUGUCAGAGGGUCGGAAGUAUAUGGUGAUGAAUCGGAACUGAACGACACAGUCCCUUUAGAUGAGAUCGCCUUGAAGGAGCGAGAUGGAUCAUUAGAUCCACCAGCAGGUGAACACCUGGGAGAUGAUAUUCCUCCAUCCACAUUGGAAGCUGAGUACGAGGAAGAUGCAGAGCUCUUGGAAGAUGAAGCUCCUGAAGAUGAAAUUGCUCUAAAGGUCGAAAACAGCUCUUCAGGUAUAUCACCUGAAAAUCCAACUGGGUUGUCCACUCCUGCUGUAACGGACGCAGAUGUCAGCCUCACCCCCUCAGAGAUUGAUGGUGCAAAAGCUAUAGCGGAGAAUGUUUUCGAGAAACAUCAAUUUGAUGCUAUCCGCGAAGAAGACGAACCGUUCUCUGAAUUCGAGAGAAGAGUGAAUGAGGACUAUAGCGUUGAUGAGUUACCCGGACCUGUUGAAGGUGGUGCUGCAGUCGGAAUUGUUCCUGGAAAUGAGAGAGUCUACGAAGAUGAGGGAUACGCAGAAGGCAAACCAUACGAUAGUUCAGCUUUCAAAGAUACAAACUACGAGUACGGCAAGGAUGAUAUCCCAGAUACAGUCCCUGCUACACCACUUGAAACUGAAUAUCCCGAACCUGAACAACCUCUUGAAUUUUCAGCUGUAGACACAGAGGGAGGAGACGAUGAAUACAAUUCUUCAGAAGAAGAAGGUACCUUGAAAGCCGACCCAAGCUAUCUGGAAGAGAGUGAAGUUAACCCUACAACCGAUUAUCCUACCAGCAACGAUGUGACUGUCAGUGGUACGACUAGUACGGGAUCACUGUCUGCAAAAAGACACCAGGAGUCUGAUGACUCAUUUGUAGACACUGAGAGCAAGAGGUCAAAGACUGAGAUUAGCGAGUAA